AUCGGCUCGUUCAGCAUCGUUCCGCUUUGACAGAAAAAGAAGAAAAAAGCGAUCAGGGCAUCGCACCUGGACGCCAUCCGCUCCAAUGACCAGGUCCGCGUGGACUAUCUCGCCGGACUCGAGAACUACGUCUCCUUCCUGGGGCGAGCAUGAGAGCACUUUGCAACCGAAACGCAUCGAGACCGGGGGAAACCCGCUCGUUGCAUCGAGCGCGGUGCGCUUCAGUUCUUCGUAGAUGUCGGUCCGGUGGCACACGAGCAACCACUGCGCUAUCGUCAAGUACGAAAGCUAGGAUUGUAGCGGGGAUUGGACUUGCGUCUUUUUCUCCACGGGCCUCGCUGCGCGGGAACGUGUGCUCCGUCCCCUCCCCCGUGGCAGGAUCGAAAUGGCUCACUCCCGCGACAAACACGCCUUUCAAAUUCGCCUCUUGGACGCCGAGGUGCUUCAACACGCACAUCGCGUUGGGCUGAACCCCCAGCGCAGCGCCGACCUCGGUCUUGUUCUCUGUCCGCUCAAACACUUGAACGGUGUGCCCAAUCUGUCGCAAGGCCACAGCAGCCGCAAGGCCACCAAGUCCAGCGCCAACGAUCGUAAUUUGGAGAGGAGUCGCAGUAGUAGUCGAAUCUGAGGGCAUUGUGAGGGUUGUAAAUGAUAAUUGACGCUUGAUCAGGCGGUGUAUUUAUAUUGCAAUUCCUGUACUGAGCCUGCCAGACGCGGUUUACCAAUCCAAGCAAACCGUGCUUAUGCACGAUGCCUGUGGAGGUUUCUAAUCAUAAUCAUUGGCAGGGCCUGUCAGAAAAUGGUCUCUGUCAAGAUCCCAACUUGCGUGAGACUCGAUCAGUUUCCGACUCGUCGGACAUGCGCUGGAUCGGGAAUGUUAGCGCUUCGAGGCGGUCUUGCGCGUCGCUUCUGGCUUCAGGAACGCAUGCGCUACACUGUAUAGAUCAGCGAUGAUAACACUUCGGGCGGCACUGCGCAUCGCUUAUGGCGGAGAAAUGCGUCCUCAUUGAAUAGAAUGCUGAGUGCUCAGCGGAUUCUGGACGCACGUUAGAG